UGGGGAGAGACUUGUACAUAAAGAAUACAGAUCUCUCCCGUCAGCUCCUGCACUCUGCUUUGUAUGGCUCUGCAUAGCAGGGCCAUACAAAGCAGUGUGCUUACAGUGAAACGCAGACACAGCCCCACAGUAUAUAUAUUGACACACAGUUAACCCUUUGAUCGCUCCACAUGUUAACCCCUUCCUGCCCAGUGUCAUUAGUACAGUGUCAGUGGUUUUUAUUAGCACUGAUCACCCUAUUGGUGUCACUGGGGAUGUCAGUGACAGCCAAGUCAGUUCCCCCCAGUGUUAGAAUGCCUGCUGCAGUCCCACUAUAAGUCGCUGAUCGCCACCCUUAGUAAUAAAAAAAA